AUGUGGGGCUUAAACAUUUCUGGUGUGGCAAGGCACUUCAUUUGGAGGGCAGGAAAUGAUCUUCUUCCAACUAGGUAUUAUCUGUGUAGAAAGAAAAUUAUUGAUUGUGACACGUGCCCUAUAUGUCUGAAUGGAGCUAAAACAGUUUCUCAAGUUUUGUGGAGUUGCCCUGUAGUUUCUAAUGUAUGGGGGGCGAGGAGAAGUCCACUUCGGCAAUGGUCAAGCUAUGGGGAGAACUUCUUAACACUGUGGGAGGAUCUGUGUAGGGUUUUAAAGAAGGAUCAACUUGAAGUCAUUGUGGUAAUAAUGAGAAGCAUAUGGCACAGGAGAAAUUUGUUCAUCUUUGAAGAAACAUUCUCAGCUCCUCAAAAGGUGUUGAUUACAACUAUGGACAACUUGGAAGAAUUUUAUCAAGUCCAGAUGGGACAAGAGAAGAAGCAACACGGGAGAGUGGUGGAGGAAACAGCUCAAAGCUGGCAGAGACCCGAGAAAGAUUGUUGCAAAGCAAACUUUGAUGCGACAAUUGACUGUAAAAAUCAAACAAUGGGAAUUGGAGUGAUUGUUAGAGAUGGUAAUGGUGAAAUAUUGACUGCUUUGCAUGAACAACGCCAUGGACUAUAUAAAGUUGAUGCACCAGUGUAUGGCUCUUUGGAAGGCCAUGGAGAUGAGCACAGAAUUGGGUUUCAAAAGAGUUUUGUUUGA